UGACCCAGUGUUUAGCUUCUUGAAACGUGUUUGUUCAGUAUGAUCACGCAACAUUGAUGCAUACAUCUUCCUCUUGCAUUUUACAUUGUUUAGUACGUGGCAGGUGUUUCAUAGAAGUACAAACACGUUUAGUUUACCGUUGUCAGUGGUCUGUUUGCUUGUGCAGUGCCGAGUUAUUUUUGCAGAACCGAAAGUUGUGUGGUCAGAAAGUUAAAGUCCGCCUAAUGGAUAACAACGGCGGUAGCGCUGGGUUCAGCUCAAAAUCACGAAACCAGAGCCAGUUUGUGAAACAGGAGGAAGUUGCCAGGGGGAAAUGGCUGUCACUCAGCAACAUCACCUAUAAAGAUCCUCUUGGUCAAGAAAGAAUAUGGGAAUCAGUGUGCAGAACAACGGGCUCCGCGGAUGAAGCAGAUGCUGUGUUUGUGAUCCCAAUCUUGAAGAGAACCUUGAAGUAUGAUUGUGUUAUCAUGGUGAAACAGUACAGACCUCCGAUGAAGGCUUACACGCUAGAGUUCCCAGCAGGUUUGGUGGACAAGGGGGAGACCCCGGAGGAGACGGCAGUCAGGGAACUACGUGAGGAGACUGGGUAUUCAGGAAAGGUGAAGCACAUCUCCCCAGCGACCUGCCUUGACCCUGGCAUUGGUAACACAUCAGUCAGGGUGGUCACAGUAGAGAUUGAUGGCGACGAAGAUAUCAAUACAUCUCCAAAAUCACAUCCAGAGGAGUCAGAAUUCAUAGACGUCCUUGUUGUCCCGAUGGAGGAACUGCUCAAUAAGUUGAAUGAGAUGGCCAGUGCUGGUGUGGUAAUCGACUCUCGAGUGUAUACCUACGCUGUUGCCAUGGAACAAACACGGAAAGUAAAGAAAGUAGUGCCCUAAAUGUCAUGUCGUGUCAACUGCUGCCAUCUCUGACUUUGCCUGGAGCCACUGUAAUAUCCAACAUGGAGCCAGAGCUAGUAUAUGUUGAUGGUACUGAGAUGAUGAUUCCUGUUGAGGUCUGAGUCAUCACAGCUGUACAUGGUUAAGUGGAUAUAUUCAGUGGUUAAGUUCCACUAAACACUCAUAAAAAGGGAAAACAAUUCAUAUAAAAUGCAAUUUGCACAUUUUGUCGAGGAAUAUAUAUGCAACAUUUAUUUGUGAUUGCGCUUUCUCAGUAAAGUACAAAUUUUAGUACUUUUGUAGGGUUGAGUCCCAUCCGGGAUUCGAACCCACACUCUCAGUCAGGCACCCAAUGGCCAGCACACAAUGUCAGCCAUCUAACCCAAGUGGAAGCUGCAGUGACUGAGAGAGUGAGAUCGCUGACUCAACGUAACAAUGUACAAGACAGUACUUAACUAAGAAAAUGUAAUCCCACAUACAACAUGUUACAUUUGACAUCUUUCUAUUCAUGUGGAGAUAUUGUGGAAAAACUGCCAUCAAAACAUUAUUUCUUGCAGACUUAAGGCUGUUGUCUGAUAUUUUUUGGCCUAUUUAGACUUGGGGUCUUUUUUCAUAAACAUCAUUAGGGGUAAUUAUGUGGAUCAUAUUCGAACACCAUCACCAGAAUACCCAGUACAAAUUUCAUAGAGUUAUUGCCCUUGUUUUGUCCGUUGGUCCAUUUUUCAGGGAUGGCAAUUUUCUGCUGAUCCGUGGAUUUCUGCCGAUUUUAUUUCAAAUUGAUCAAUUCAAAAACCCCAUUCGGUGACACAAUAUUAGGUUUUCAGCUGAAAAUAGAUUUUCCUGUUGCCAUCCCCCGAUGUUUGGAAUGUAAUAGAGAUAACAUAUUGAAUUUAGUGAUCAAUGUUAUAUGAAAAGUAAAAUGUACAGAGUUAUGUUACCAGUGAUCCUGCCCAGUCAAAGUUUGUUUAUAGAUGGUAAGGUCAUCGAUGAGUUUAUCGUCUUAUUUUUAUCGUGUAUGUAACUAUUUUGCUCCAAAUUAUUUUCAGUGUCUCAGCUCAUUGUUUGUUAGUGAUAUUUCAUUGUUAUUUUACUUGUUAAAGUUUCCAUAGUUAAAAUGAAGACACAAUUCAAGGAACACCUAAGUGUCAGUUUGGAUCCCUAUGAAACUAGAUGUUUUACACCACUUCACACUAACACUAACCUGAUCAAACAGGUUAUGUGCUGCCUUGCAAGCUCAAAGAAAUCCCUGUUUGUGUGACACUCAUUAUUCCAUUGUAUUAGAAAAUUUGAUUAAACACAUGAUUCAGUCUAGUUCCGAAGCAAAUGUCAAGGAAAUCAACAUUUGAUUCAUAGUCGACCAAUAAACACAUUUCACCACA